GUGUCCAAGGCCUGCAGUGCAGCGGUGCAGCAGAGUGCAGCGCAGCCGGCGCACUAUAAAAGACUCAGGGGAGGAGCCUCGAUGCCAGUCUCCCCGUGGACACCUCCUGCCUCAAGAUGAAGUUCCUGCUCUGCACCCUCGUAGCCGUCGCGCUUGUGACGGUCCACGCCGAGGACGUGAAGGACUCGAAGGCAAAGGCGGAGACGCCCAAGGGGAAGCGAGGACUGGACCUCGGCCUGGGCUACGGCCUCGGUGGCAUCUCUGAUCUCUCCGGUCUUGGCCUCGGCCACGGCGUCGGCCUCGGCGGACACGGCCUCGGCCUGAGUUCCAUCGGCCUCAGCCAGCACGUGAUCUCCGAGCCCCACGUCACCCACGUCAAGACCAUCACCGUCGACAGGCCCGUUGCUGUGCCCGUCGUCAGGACCGUCCAGGUGCCCGUGAAGGUCCCCGUCGCCGUCCCUGUGGACCGCCCCGUGCCUUACCCGGUCAUCAAGCACGUCCAGGUGCCCGUCGACCGCCCCGUCGCCGUGCCCGUCGACCGCCCCGUCCCCUACCCCGUGCACGUGCCCGUCAAGGUGCCCGUCGCCGUUCCCCAACCCUACCCCGUCGUCAAGACCGUCCAGGUGCCCGUCGCCGUCGACAGGCCCGUCGCAGUUCCCCACCCCGUCCCCUACGCCGUCGACAGGCCCGUCGCCGUUCCCCACCCCGUCCCCUACGCCGUCGACAGGCCCGUCGCCGUUCCCCACCCCGUCGCCGUCCCCGUCGGCAUCCCGCAGCCCGUGCUCGUCAAGAGCCACGGUAUCGACCUGGGCCACGGUCUGAGCCACGGACACGGCUGGUAAGAUCUCCGCCGCCGAGCUGGUCCCUCCUCCUCCCCGAUUUCGAUCUGACUUGCUUUAUUUGAAAUCCGGGAAAAGGAGAGCCCGCGUCUGAACGAAACAGUGUGCACCGCCUGUACAACGACCUGUCAUGUGCCAAUAAACGUUGUAAAUUAUUACAAAAA